AUGACACCUGGAAAGAAGUUACAGGGUCUUGUAGCUGCUACAAUCACUCCAAUGACUCCUGAUGGACAGAUUAACCUUUCGGUGAUUCGUCAAUAUGUGGAUUAUCUGGUGACCGAGCAGAACGUGAAGAACGUCUUUGUGAAUGGCACAACAGGAGAAGGACUGUCCCUUAACAUCCAGGAGAGGAAGCAGUUGGCCGAAGAAUGGGUGUGCCAAGGAAAAGACAAAUUGGAUCACGUGAUCAUUCAUGUGGGAGCACUAAGUUUGCCAGAGUCCCAAGAACUGGCACAACAUGCAGCAGCCAUAGGUGCUAGUGGUAUUGCUGUAAUAGCCCCUUUCUUCUUCAAACCCACAAAUAAAGAUGAGCUGAUUGCUUUCUUACAGAAGGUUGCAUCUGAAGCCCCUGCGGUUCCGUUUUAUUACUAUCACAUUCCUCUUCUGACAGGUGUGAAGAUUCGUGUUGAAGGGCUGCUGGAUGGAAUAAAAGAGCGGAUCCCCACCUUCCAGGGCGUGAAGUUCAGCGACACAGACCUCUUGGACCUUGCACAGUGUAUAAACAAGAAUGAGAGAGAACAGUUUGCAUUUCUUUAUGGGGUGGAUGAGCAACUGUUGAGUGCGCUGGCAAUAGGGGCAGAUGGAGCAGUUGGAAGUACAUACAACUAUUUGGGCCGACAAACCAAUCUGAUGUUGCAAGCCUUUGCAAAGCCAGACCUUGCGUUAGCACGGAAGUAUCAGUUUCUCACUGGGGAAUUUCUCAGCUUUGUCAUCAAACUAGGUUUUGGUGUUGCACAGACUAAAGCUGUAAUGACUUUUGUUUCUGGCAUUCCCAUGGGACCUCCGCGGCUUCCGCUUGUUGACGCCUCGGAGGAGUUCAUCGUCAAGGCCAAAGCCAAGCUGGAUAGCAUUGUGUGGCCUGAUGGUGACUGAUGUUCACUUCCAUGUCGAUCUGGAAGUGGAGGUUCCUUUUCUGGGGUUCACUGUCACUUGGCACGUUCCCCACGUGAUGGGCUGUGA